GGAAUUGCGAUGACUGUCCCUCUUCAAUCUUGUCGGACAACUCUGGAGCUCGGUCGACAGGCCAUGAACAAUGUCGACAGCAUGUCUCCCGACACUUCGAAGCAAAGUGCGCCCUGAAGCCUUGAAGUGUUUGCACCGUGAUUUUAGCUCGGUCGCUGCCAAUCGUGCCAAUCAUGGAAACAAUAACAACAGCCACGGCAAUGGAGACAAGAGGGACAAGCUAGCUCAUAGAGACUUCUUCUUCGACGUGCUCAAUGCAAGUGCGACACGCAGAGACGCCAAACAAUACCUGGCCCGCUUCAAGCCCACAUCCGACAAGAAACCCACAAAGCCUCUCGUCAUACACGAUGUCAAAGAAUCCAAGCAACAAUGGCAGCUCAAAAGCUCAGGUGUCAACCUUGGUCAGCUAUACCUCCCUACUCGAGCUGCCGCUGCUACGCCGACCUUCUCACAACACGUCGAGCAAGAUCCUCAGGUUCAACGAGGCGCUGGAGAGGUUCAUAUCGCCUUGGUCUGUCUGAGAGCUCCUCAUCUUAUCGACGAUGAAACACUCGACGGCAUUGCUCUGACCAUGGCUCAGCUGGUCCGACUCGACAUGCAAAUCGUCCUGGUACUCAACUGCGAGGACGAGGUAGUCCAGAGGAAUGAGUCAUACAAGGAUACAUAUCGACGCCAGGGAGCUAGAGUCGUUGCUGCAUUGGAGCGUCACAACAAUGAGGGUGCUCGUUAUGUCGAUUCUGCCCUCAAUGUCACUAGCCAGGAGCCAAUGCCUGCCUCGCGUCCCAAGGUCUUAGGUGCUGUGGAACUCGGCAUACCCAAGCUCAUCACAGAACCAUUGAAGCGAAGUGCUAUCCCUGUCAUCCCUGCCAUAGCUUAUGACACGACUUGCAAGGUACAGAAGGUGUCGGUCAGUGGUGUCAUGCUGGCCCUGACACGCUCCUUGUCUGGUUUGGCUGCUGUUCCUGGCGUAGCAGAUGAGCCCCUCGAGGACACCUCGGUAGAUAGGAUCAUCAUGCUCGAUCCUCUUGGUGGCCUCCCCACAGAGACUCGACAGGACAAGGCCCACGUCUUCGUUAAUCUCGAGCAGGAGUUUGACGGCAUUCGCAAUGAGAUCCAGUCUUGUGGCAUGAGUCCUCACUAUUUAGACACUCUCAGUCUUGUCCGAGACUGUUUGGCUUUGCUUCCUCCUGCUUCAUCAGCCUUGCUCAUAUCUCCCGAAGAAGCAGCCAUUUCUUCACAUCACUCCCGAAAGGAUCCAGGCAUCGGAAUCACCACUCGACGACAAAAGAACCCUCUGAUCCACAAUCUUCUCACCAACAAACCCAUGAUUUCAUCCUCCCUACCUGCCGCCCGUCUCUCAGCCAACGGCAUAAUCCCUUCCAUCUCUUCCGAAAACGCAACCCGCUCUACCCUCAUAAAGCGUGGCAUGCCUCUAAUGAUCGUCCCCGACCUCCGCAAAACACCCUGGACACCUCCUCAACCCGGCCAACCAACAAUUGCCCUAGACAACCACCCAGACAUCAAUUUCCCCCGCCUAGUCGCUCUGAUCGAGGACUCCUUCCGCCGGCCCCUCGAUGCCCAGCAUUACCUCAACCGCAUCAAGAACCGUGUCGCCGGCGUGAUCAUCGCCGGCGAAUACGAAGGCGGCGCAAUCCUGACUUGGGAAGAACCACGCACCGCCAACCCCUCCGACCCCUCAGAUCCCACACGCCUAGUCCCCUAUCUCGACAAAUUCGCCGUCCUCCAACGCUCGCAAGGAAGCUCUGGAGUCGCGGAUAUAGUUUUCCAAGCCAUGGUGCGCAGUUGCUUCCCCAAUGGCGUGUGCUGGCGGUCCCGCUCCAAUAAUCCGGUGAACAAGUGGUACUUUGAGCGAUCGAGGGGAACGUGGCAUUUGCAGGAUACACAGUGGACCAUGUUUUGGACGAAUCCGGAUUUGGUUGCCGAUCAGCAGCAAUGGGAGGAUUAUGUGUCGGUGUGUAGGAAUAUCGAACCCAGUUGGGCCGAUAACAAGGCGAAGCCUGAUUGAUGGCUUGAUGCUCUCUUUGCAUGAGAUGUAUAUAGCUUAUAUGAAAAUGAAUGUCUCUCUCCAACAACACGAGU